AUGGCUAAUCUUCCUUGGAUUGAAAAAUAUCGUCCGGCAACACUUGAUGAACUUGUAUCUCAUAAAGAUAUUAUCGAUACAAUCAAACGUUAUAUGGCACUCGGUGAAUUACCACAUUUACUUUUUUAUGGACCAGCAGGCACAGGAAAAACAAGUACAAUUUUGGCAUUAGCUAAACAGUUGUAUACACCAGCAGAAAUGCGUGGUUGUGUGCUCGAAUUAAAUGCAUCUGAUGAUCGAGGUAUUGGAAUAGUACGUGAUGAAAUUCAAACAUUUGUUAGUACACAAACUCUUCAUAAAAAAAGUGUUAAAUUAAUUAUUCUUGAUGAAGCUGAUGCUAUGACAUCUGAUGCACAAAAUGCUCUUCGUCGAAUUAUUGAACAAUAUACAGCUACAGCUCGUUUCUGUUUUAUUUGUAAUUAUUUAUCAAAAAUAAUUCCAGCUGUACAAUCACGUUGUACACGAUUUCGAUUUGGUCCAUUAUCAAAUGAACAAAUGAUGCCUCGAUUACAAUAUGUUGUUGAACAAGAAAAUGUAAAAAUUGAACCUGAGGGUAAAAAAGCAAUUCUUCAAUUAGCUAAUGGUGAUAUGCGACGUGCAUUGAAUAUUCUUCAGAGUACUCAUAUGGCAUCAGGUUUAGUUACAGAAACUUCGGUAUAUGAAUGUGUUGGUCAUCCAUCAAAAAAUGAUGUUAAAACAAUUAUAAAUGUAUUACUUAAUGAAAAUUUUACAGUUGCAUCACAAAGAUUAUCAACAUUAAAAACAACUAAAGGUUAUGCAUUAGCAGAUAUUCUUACUGAACUUCAUCGAUAUGUUCAUAGAAUUGAUUUUCCUCGUGAAAUUCGUAUUCAUCUUCUUAUUAAAAUGGCUGAUAUUGAAUAUCGUUUAGCAAAUGGUGCUACAGAAAAAUUACAACUUAGUGCACUUAUAUCUGCUUUUCAAAAAGCUCGUCGAGUAGAAAGUUCAUAA